AUGUGGGCGUUAAGGUAUAUGAGCAGGACGAGGGUCACCCAUGAAUUGUUAUUUGGGGUCCAUGUUUUGCAUAGCGAACAAUCUGGUAACCGUCUCACGUCUUUGGGGAAUGUUGUCUGUAAAUUCCGGUCAAAACACCAUAUUCCCAGCACGACGCUGGGAAUAGCAACGACAUCAUCAAAGGCAUAUCAUCCGUACAUCGCCGUCGGCUACGUUAUGGGGGCAUCUAUGGCGGCUGGCGUUGCAAGUUCUAUGACUGCUGAAACUUUUCUACUCCACUUUGGACGCGAUAAACUGGCCUGGUUGCAGGCUCUUAAAACAGCUGCAGGGAUGAGUAUGAUUUCGAUGGCCAGCAUGGAAGCAGUCCAAAAUGUAGUGGACUAUCAUUUGACUGGAGGUGUUGUCUCCUUAUCUGACCCCUAUUUUUGGGGUGCUGCUCUGGUUUCUAUGGCCGCAGGCUUUCUUGCACCGCUUCCAUAUAAUUAUAUCAGACUACGCAGAUAUGGGAAAGCGUGCCAUUAA